CAUAUGUGGACAUCUACAGGGCAGAGUUAUUGCAAGAAGGGCCACAUGAUGUUGAAAAAAGGCUUGAAAAUGGUUUUCCUAACUGGUUUAGGAGCCAUAUCGCCAAGAAGCGUACAGAUCGUCCAGAAGAGGUUACUGAUGGAUUGUAUACUUUGUCUUGUUUUCCUGAUCUUCGAGUGGGGUUUUGGUCUGCUUGCAUUGUCAAUGGAGUCAGGUAUAACACAGUGCACCGUGAGAAAUACUUGCAGACUCAGAACAGUGGUGUAAUGACUCUAGGUACUCAUGGUGAUGCUGAAAUUGAUUUUUAUGGUGUCCUUAAUGAGAUUAUUGAGCUGCAGUAUAACGCCACUGCACCAGCCACUCGGUCUGUGGUUCUCUUUGGAUGUGAUUGGUACAAUCAAGUAGUAGGCAAGACAACAGGCAUCAGAGAUGAUGGACAUUUCAAAUCCAUUAACAUUCAGUCAUUGUGGUACAAGUCUGACCCUUACAUUUUGGCAACUCAAUCCAAAAAGGUAUUCUACAUGGAAGACACGGCUUUGGGAAAGAAUUGGCGAGUAGUGCAGAAAUUUGAGCAUAGGGACGUGUAUAAUGUGGCUGAAAAAAGUGACCUCGUUUACCAAGAAGACUGCUGUUCUUAUACAGUGCAGCAAGGUGAGGGUGAUGGCGAAGUGCAGCAAGGUGAGGGUGAUGAGGUUGAGGUCAAUAAUCAGGAUGGCAAAUAUACUAGAAUUGAUGGUCGUUUACAUGAACUUAUAAGAAACAAGAAGCGAGCCAACAUUUCUAUAGAUGCAGAGGAGGAGGAAGAUGACACUGUGAUGGAAUAUUUUAGUGAUAAUGGCAAUGAAAACGCUGAAGAUGAAGAUGAGGAGGUAGAUGGAGAUGACCCUGAAAUUGCUAGAACUAACAAAAGUUUGCUAGUUAUAAGCAUAUUUACUUACAUCUGCACUACUGAUUUAGUUACAUCAGAUUUUACUGAAAGAAAUGCUUGA